AUGGCUUCCAGCCCGCUGCCGGGGCCCAGCGACAUCCUGCUGGCCUCCCCUUCCAGCGCCUUCCAGCCCGAUGCGCUGAGCCAGCCGCGCCCGGGCCACGCCAACCUCAAACCCAACCAGGUGGGGCAGGUGAUUCUCUACGGCAUUCCCAUCGUGUCGUUGGUGAUCGACGGGCAGGAGCGCCUGUGCCUGGCGCAGAUCUCCAAUACUCUCCUCAAGAACUUCAGCUACAACGAGAUCCACAACCGCCGCGUGGCGCUGGGCAUCACGUGCGUGCAGUGCACGCCGGUGCAGCUGGAGAUCCUGCGGCGCGCCGGGGCCAUGCCCAUCUCCUCGCGCCGCUGCGGCAUGAUAACCAAACGCGAGGCCGAGCGCCUGUGCAAGUCCUUCCUGGGCGAGAACAGGCCGCCCAAGCUGCCCGGACAACUUCGGCCUUCGACGUGUCUCACGAAGUGCGCGUGGGGCUGCCGCGGCAGCUUCAUUCCCGCUCGCUACAACAGCUCCCGCAACACAGAGUGCAUCAAAUGCAGCUACUGCAACAUGUUACUUCUCCCCCCAACAAGUUCAUUCUUCCACUCCCACCGCACGCCUGACGCCAAGGUAACGCAGCCGGAUGCCGCCAACUUCAACUCGUGGCGUCGCCAUCUGAAGCUCACCGACAAGAGCCCCCAGGACGAGCUAGUCUUCGCCUGGGAGGACGUCAAGGCCAUGUUCAACGGCCCGCACUACCGAGGCCUUCUGUCCCCCGGCACCAGCUGCAGCUACCCCAGCGAGGACAGCUCCGAGGACGAGGAGGACGAGGAGGAGGAGCAGGAGGUGGACGUGGAGAGCCACAAACCCCCCGAAGGCGAAGAGGAGGAGGAGGAAGGUCGAGACCCCGACGACGACGAGGAGGAAGACGAGGAGACAGGGGUCCUGCUGGGGGACCCCUUAGUCGGGGGCGGCCGGUUCCUUCAGGGCCGAGGGCUGUCGGAGAAGGGGAGCAGCCGGGACCGCGCACCGGCCGCCGCGGGCGCUUUCCCACUGACCCUGAACUCCUCCAGGCUGCUGCCCGAGGACGGGAAACUGGGUGACCCCGGCGGCUCGGACUUGCCCCCGCCCCCGCCCCCACCCCUGGCUUCCCAGAAAGCGAGCGGCGGCGGCGGCGAUAGCAGCAGCAGCCCGGGCAGCCCGGUCCACCAUCCAUCAUUGGAGGAGCAGCCCUCCUACAAAGAUAAUCAGAAAACUAAGGAAAAUAACCAAGUUAUUUUAUCUACAAAAGAUGACAACUUUUCAGAUAAGAACAAGGAGCACAGCUUUUUCAUCACAGACUCUGAGGCUUCCGGAGGAGAUUUUUGGAGAGAAAGAUCAGGUGAACACACUCAAGAAACAAAUUCACCUCAUUCUCUCAAAAAGGAUGUAGAAAAUAUGGGGAAAGAAGAACUUCAGAAGGUUUUAUUUGAACAAAUAGAUUUACGGAGACGACUGGAACAAGAAUUUCAAGUGUUAAAAGGAAAUACAUCUUUCCCAGUAUUCAAUAAUUUCCAGGACCAGAUGAAAAGGGAACUAGCCUACCGAGAAGAAAUGGUGCAACAGCUACAAAUUAUCCCCUAUGCAGCAAGCUUGAUCAGGAAAGAAAAGCUUGGUGCCCAUCUCAGCAAAAGUUAAACGGUGCACAGAACCACUUACUCUUGUUCUUUUGUAAGAUACAGCCUGCCACUGAGCACUUCCGACCCACACAAAGACUGCGAUUG